AUGGCUCAUACGAGAAUAUUUAAACUGCAGGAAUACUGCCUGAGAGCGAUGGGGCACAGCCAGGAGCCGGAUGGCUCCGUCGGUGGGGCUUUGAGCCUGAAGCACGUUGCGUCGCUGCUGUUUGCAGCAUCAGCGCAGUACCCCCUGAUCCACAAUGUGGUGUACCACCGCAACGACAUGGAGCUGGCCACGGCGGGGCUGAGUGUGCUCCUCACCAAUCUGCUGACCCUCUUCAAGAUAGCAACUUUCCUCGUGUACAAGCAGGACUUUUGGCGGAUGAUCCGGAGCUUCAGGCGAAUGCACCAGCAAUCGAGUGAGCGGAAUACUGGAGACGGUCGCGGAUACGUGGCCGAGGCAAACAAGGUUGCCUCCCUGCUGGGCCGCGCAUACUGCUUCUCCUGCGCCGCCACAGGACUCUAUUUCAUGGUGUCGCCCAUUCUGAAGAUUAUUGCCAACAGCUGGCUUGGCACAACGUAUGUAAGGGAGCUGCCAAUGCCCUUGAGGCUCCCAUUCAACUAUGUGGAUAGUCCCGGAUACGAAAUCGGAUUCGUGUACAUUCUGCUCGUAACCAUCGUCGUUGUGACCUACGCCUCGGCCGUCGAUGGCCUGUUCAUCUCGUUCGCCAUUAAUCUGCGAGCCCACUUCCAGACCUUGCAACGCGACAUAAAAGACACGGACUUUGCUCUGCCCGAACAGGAGAUGCAGGAGGCCCUGACUGACGUGGUGGACUACCAUGUGCGGCUGUUGGCCCUCUCCAAGCGGCUACGCGUGAUGUACAUGCCAAUUGUGUUUGGGCAGUUCUUCAUAACCUCGCUGCAGGUCGGCGUAAUCAUAUACCAGCUGGUGACGAACAUGGACUCGGUUAUGGCCCUCCUGGUGUACCUGUCAUUUUUGGGCUCCAUCAUGCUGCAACUAUUCAUAUAUUGCUAUGGCGGAGAAAUCAUAAAAGUAGAGAGUCAUCGGGUCGAUGUUGCCGUCCAACUCUCCAAUUGGUAUCAGGCCGGCCCGAAGCAACGGAGAUCCUUGGCAUUCAUCAUACAGCGAGCCCAGCGGGAUUUGCUCAUCAAGGCUGGCUUCUACGAGGCUUCUCUGGGGAACUUCCUUGCGAUAUGUCGGGCUGCCUUAUCGUUUAUAACUCUGAUUAAAUCGAUUGAGUAA